CGACGCUGUUCACUUUACCAUUGCCAUGACCGGACUGCAAUCGACGACGGAGAAGACGCCGCUCGUGCUUGAGAGCGCCAAGCCAACUGCGCUCGGGCUCCUUGCCGACGACUCCAAGCCCGACCUUCUGGAAGAGGCCAAAGUCCUCGUCGCCCUCGCCGGCCCCGUGAUGUUUACCCUCUUCAUGGAGGUGCUUCCGAGCACCACCAACAUGGUCCUCGUCGGUCAAAUGAACUCGACCGACACCAAGGAGUUUGUGGAUGCUGCGUCCAUCUCGGGCCUCUACGUCAACAUCACGGCCAUUUGCGGCGGCCUCGGCAUGGCCACCGCCAUGGACACGCUCUGCACGCAGGCGUACGGCGCCGGCAACAUCAAAAAGUUUGGCGCGUACCUCCAAGGCGCGCUCCUCGGGAUGGCACUGACGCUUUUGCCCGUGUUUGUACUUACGUGGUUCACGGAGGCCGUCUUGCUGGCGCUCGGUCAGGACGCGACGAUCGCGGCGCUUGCAGGCACCUUUACGCGCCUUACGAUGGUCGGGUUUCCGUUCUUCUACAUCUACGAGCUCCUCAAGAAGAUGCUGCAAGCGUACAACAUUGUACAUCCGAUGGCGGCCAUGGUCGUCCUCGGCAAUAUCAUCCACAUUUGCCUCGGCUACUACCUCGUGCACCACACGUCGUACGGCUUUUACGGCGCUGCGAUCGCGCGCUCCGUGAGCUACAUCUCGCUGCCACUCAUGAUGGUCCCGUACUUUUGCUUCAACCCGGUGCACCACGAAUGGGCGAUCCAGUGGUCGUGGGCCGAAGCGACGGCGCAGCUGCCCGCGUUCUUUCGCUACGGCGUCCCCGGUAUGCUCAUGAUGGUCAUCGAGUGGGGCGCGUUCGAGAUCCUCACGCUCAUGGCCGGCAUCAUGCCCAACGCGAUCGUCGACAUUGGUGUCAUGUCGAUUCUGAGCCAAAUCCUCACCAUCACGUACCUCGUGUACAUGGGCAUGGCGGUGGCUGCAACGAUCCGCGUCGGCAACAUGGCAGGCGCCAACAAGCCCGCGCACGCGCAGCUGAUCGUGAAGCUGACAUAUGUCAUUUGCGCAAUCUGCAUGGUCUUUGUUGUCGGCGCGAUGGUCUUGUCCCGCCACAGUUUGCCCGGCCUCUUCAUCUCGGACCCGGAAGUUGUGCAGUUGACGGCGACGAUCUUGCUGUUUACGCUGCCAGGACACAUGCUCGAUGGCAUGAAUGCUGUCUCGCAAGGCAUCUUCCGCGCGACGGGCCAGCAGAGCAUGGCCACGGUCGUGAACGCCGCCGCGUUUUACCUUGUGGGCAUUCCACUCGCAGCGUUUUUUGGGUUUUACGUCGACUGGGGUGUCCACGGCCUCUGGGUCGGCUUCACACACGGGUCGCUGACGGCAUUUGUUCUCUACAUGGUCGCGCUCUACCGCGUCGACUGGCCCGCGACGACCCAAGCCAUUGCGCUCCAGCACGUGGAUAUGUAG